AUGUUGCGACGCGCCUCAGGAGCUCGCAGUUCACCGUCCUACCCCUUGCCUCCGCGUCGCUUCACACGAUACUUUACCCUGGUCAUUGUGCUCAUCCUCGUAGGACUUGGCCUCACAUUGGCUCGCCUGAGUGCGCUCUCUGAAGCGUCAUUACGAUCUGGCGCAUCAAAACCACCGCCCCGCCCGCCGACAUGGGAGAACUUUCCAUUCUUGAAACGCUAUCAUGGCGGUAUUCGGACUCUGGUCUCGCGCGCAGAAAACAAGCCCGAGUAUCCCGACCCAGAUAACAACACUUUGGAGUCUACGGUACAGACGGAUCAAAAGGAGCAGACUGCUCCAUCAGAUGAGAAGGGCUUCCAGAAGAGAGAUGUGCCGCAGGGCCAGAGAUUCAAUCCAGUCAAACAAGAUGGUCUCGCCGAGUGCUAUAUCAACGAAGACAGAAAGAGCAGUGUUCCACAACUCCUGGCUUACCCGGGCGCGCCCCAGGGCUUCCCUGAACCUGUCAUGGGCUCAUAUGACAUGUUUGGCUUGGACGCUGACGUCUGUUUUGAUCGUUAUGGAAGACUCGGCCCUUACGGCUUGGGCUACAGUAAGAGAUGGGGCGGCAGUGGUGCUUGUAUGGACGGUCACCGCGAAGGUUCCGACCAAGUCUGGGGCGGCAAGACCGAGAUUGACUAUCGUGAGGUCAACUGGGCUCAGGCUCAACAGAAGUGCGCUCAGAAGAACAAGAACCGUUUCAAGCCACUUCCCAAGGCGCGCAACCAUUUCUUCACCGACAUGCCCGUUGGAAGCCCUGAGGACGACAAGCCCAAGAGGGAGGAGAAGCAAGAGAAGAAGCUGCUCUCCAGACAAGCUGUCGUCAUUCGAACAUGGCACGACUACCAAUAUGAUGACGAGGAUUUGUUCUACCUACGUGCUCUCGUCAACGAGCUUUCCCUCCAAUCGGGCGGCGAGUACACCGUCCACUUCCUGGUUCACGUCAAGGAUAAUGACAUGCCCAUCUGGAGUGACGACUUUACCUAUCAGCGCGUCUUGAAUGACUCGCUUCCUCUGGAGUUCCGAGGUAUGGGAACUCUUUGGUCAGAGCGACAGAUGAGCCUGAUCUACGGAGGUAUAGCAGAAACGAACUAUCGUGGUUUGCCAAUCCAUGGCGCGUACCGAUCGACCAACAUGCCAUUAUCAUACUUUGCGCAUAUGCACCCCGAGUAUGACCUUUUCUGGCACUGGGAGAUGGACAUCCGCUAUACUGGCCACUUCUACCAUCUGUUCGACAAGGUCGGCAAGUGGGCAGACCAACAACCUCGUAAGGGCCUUUGGGAGCGCAACGGCAGAUUCUACAUUCCAGCAGAGCACGGCUCAUGGGACGACUUCAAACACAUGGUUCGUGUACAGACCGAACACGGCACGGCCCACAAAGCCGGCAUGUACGAGAAGGUACCCGGCAAUGACAACACUCAAAUUCGCACCCCUUCCAUCUGGGGUCCCAUGCCACCAACCGGCGAAGGCGACAAGCUCGAAACAGAAAACGACCCCAUUCCUCCUACCACACCAGACAAAGACAACUAUUCCUGGGGCGUCGGUGAAACAGCCGAUCUCAUAACUUUCAAUCCUCUCUUUGACCCUCACGCCACGAACUGGAUCCUCGCGGAGGAUGUCACAGGCUACAACACUUCCGCCGGCUUCCCUCCCCGCCGCACAGCCAUAAUAACAGCAUCCCGUCUCUCCCACCGCCUCCUAGAAACCAUGCAUCGCGAAACGGCCCUCAUGCGCCACAGCAUGUUUUCAGAAAUGUGGCCCGGCUCCUGCGCCCUGCACCACGGUCUAAAAGCAGUCUACGCACCUCAUCCAGUCUACAUAGACCGUCGCUGGCCAACAUCCUACCUCGCCGCCGUCUUCAAUAACGGUCUUCACGGAGCUUCAGGAGGAGCAAGAACAAGUGUUUUCAGUGAUGAGAGGCAGCAUAAUUUCUUGGGCACGACGUGGUAUUAUCAUGCAGGCUUUCCAGGUAAUCUUUGGAAGAGAUGGUUGGGGUAUAAAGUUGAUGGGGAUGGUGGGGAGAUGGAGGAGGUGGAAGGGGAGGGGAGGAUGUGUUUACCAGGAAUGCUGCUGCAUCCUGUCAAACAUGUCGAUUUGAUCUAUGAGCAUCGCGAGGGCGAGUGA